AUGAUAUCAAUAGUGGUUGUCGAAGAUUCGGUCCAACAUUAUGACGUCAUUGUGGGACGGACUUUCACGGAUUGCAAUAAUGUCACUUUUGUCAAGACUAACGAACAACUGCUGUUUGCUUACGAUAUGCAAUUUUCAUUUCAUGACACCGAAGUACCAUGCGAGGCGUCAAAACGACAUAGUAUGACAGUUUUAAGCAAGAAGGAGACUCUACCUGCGAAGGCUAUGAAGUUGGUGGAGGUACAAACAAUUGCUCCACCAAUCUAUGAUAGUUGCCCGUCACUUGAAUCUGCGGAAUAUCAAGUAACCAUGAUAGAUUCGGUCAAGUCUCUAAUAAGUGGCUGUGCCUACAUCAGCUACAAUUAUUCUCUGAACUCGGUCUCACAACAAUCAUUAAGACUGUGGUUUGGUAGUGUAGAGUAUAGCAACCAAAGUUGCCAUUACCAGGGAAUGGAAUAUUUUAAUUUUUACUGCAUGGGAAAAUUACCCUCGCCAACAGAAGACACAAAAGAGGGACGUAUGAGGUAUAUACGGUUAUAUGAAGCAGAUGCUAACAAGGCGGGAAACCCAGAUCACAGAUGUGCUUUGUACAAGACAGGCAUCGAAAACGCCACUACAUUUCGGAUGGCGGUUAGCGAGAACACUUCGUGUGAUGGCCUGUUAAACAUGCUUUCUCGUCCAAAGAUGAAGAUUCCUGAGUAUAACAAAGGAUCCGUGUUGUUAUUGUUUAACAAGACCAGACUCAACACGUUGGUAACAUCAUCUCUGCCUGAUACGACAACCACUGAGUCAAUGGAGUCAAUAGCCAUCUCUGUUGAAGGAGACUUCCUUCAACAUUUUGGAAAUCGACUUAACCAAUUUGGUGGCUCUUCCGCAUUGAGUACAGCGGUUCAGAAUAAAACUAAAAGGGAACAACGACAUGCCCUACCUUACGCAUUUGCUAGAGUUGGCGGACGUGGUUCAGUUAUGUCCCUCUAUAAUUCGCAGUCGGCUAUGUAUGAAAAUGAAGAUGCUGCAAACACAACCACAACAACUAUAGAUAAAAAUAGGUUACAUCAAUCAUUGGAAAUCGAACACAUUCAAAAAAGGCGCAGACGCUCAGUAUCAAACGUUAAGUCAACAUCCAAAACCGAUGUUCCAGUGUUGGCAGGCAUUAAUCCUUUUUCUUUAAUUCUUGUUAAUCGUGGGCACAAUAAUAAAACGGGUUCUAUAAAACCACUUGGAUUAUGGGACCAAAUUACGAAAUUAUUUAAAGAUUGA